AUGGCCUCGGGGAUGCCAGGCAAAAAUGCCACUCAGCCCAUCAACACCAAGGUCGAUGCGUCAGGCCCAAACCCGCCGACGGCAGGAUCUGAGCACCCAGUACUGCCAGGACCAGUUGCCUAUGGCUUGAAGCCCGUGACAAGGCGCACAACUGACCGGAAUAUGACCGAUUCGCGACUGCUGGCGAAUCGAAAAUGCAUCUACGAACGACGCCUGCCCGGAAACGCCUAUAUCACAGCCCAUGUCGAGCGCCUGCAACAUGGUUAUUUCGGCAGCGACCACACCUCCGACUCGGAGAUUCCCAACGUGGACUUUCUGGGCAUCAACUUUGUCUUUCACCCGGCAGACUGCGACAAUCAUCGUUUCAAGGCAGCCACCAUCAGAGCGACAAUCCAGAAUCCCCCCAUGGGCGAGGACCAGUACCCAUAUCCACAAGAAAACCCCAAGUUCCUGAUGCACGCUCCGCACCUCAUCUACGGAGCCGUUUCGCCCGAAACUCUGCAGUGGACCUUUAGCCUCGCUGGUUCGUUGGGCAUUUCUGAUGCCCCAGUCGCUGCUCAACUAAGUCCAAGUGGGAGUAAGAGCGCCUCUUAUAAAGUCUACGAGAUGAUGAAGAUCCAAGGCUCGUCAAGGACGUUUCGGAGUCCAGACGGCCCAGAGUUUGAUGUGGAAGAUGGGGAGGUCGUCUGGUCUCUGAGUGAGAACCCUCUCCAAAGGUCCGGCUUACCACGGGAGUUCACCUUUGUCAUGCUAGUCCAGAAACCUAGCCCGGACAGUAGGCUUGUCUUCAAGCUUGAGAUAGACCCUGUGAUCGACACCUGGAUUGGAAGUUAUCCAGCCUGGUGGCUCAACAAGUCUUCUUAUCAACCGUUGCCUAAACGCGCUGUCAACUUUCAUGCUCAGGUUGGACAACGCUUCGAUCCCGUCGACCCCCAAAGGGGGUUCAACUUUUCCAAACUGGCUAACAGCUUGGAUGACUAUGUCAAUAUGCCUGGAAGUACUUAUUCGUCCAACGUGUCUCCUGAUGGUGUAUACAACGAUAUAAGCGGGUCACAACCUAUUCGCCAAGGCGGAGGAACUGGAAAUAACAACCAAACCUCCCAACCAAUUCGCAUCCCUGAAUAUCUUGGAUACCCUGCAAACGAGGUGCCAUAUGCCCCGUUAUUCCCCCCUACAUCGACCUACUGGGAAACGAGUUCACCGUUUCAGCGUGGGUGGCCACAAGAUGAUGCAUAUUACGGCGGUCCGACUGGAAACAAUAGGGGAGGUGGAAACUCACAUGAAAGUACAAUCAACGUUAGACUUGUGCUGGAUAAUGGGUUUACUACGCAGCUCGCAGCAGCUGCCCUGGGAAACCGAAGUCCACGUGCCUCACCCCACUUGCGAGGAGCUACACUGGGAAUACCGCAUGCGUCGGAUACCUCUCCAAUGGGAAGACGUACAAGAUCACUUCGUCGAUCACGAUCGCGCGAGGAUCUCAACGGCUCGGCGAGUCAAAGAGUAUAUUCGGUUGCUGAUACUUCGAAUAAUGGAGAGUACUAUUCAGCUGAACCGAGUCCUGAUUUGAACGACACACAGGGUACACGAAAAUUAUCUGAGCCAUUUAUUACGGCCACCGAUAUUAAUCACACGCCGCCACACAAUGGCAUUCGAGAUCCUUUGAUCGUUAAGAAAACCCCCAACGGAACCAGUCAUAUCACAACACCUGGUGCUUUUGACUAUACCUACCUCCCUACCGCUAGCUACACGCCCCCUUCACCACCGAACGGGUUUCAGGGCAUGCGAAACAUUUCAGGUGGACCGUUGCCACGACGGUCAGUUUCGCAACGGGUAAACGGGUCUAGAAAUCGGUACUCAUAUCCUUCAGCAUUUGUAGAGUGA